UACAUUUUGAAGCGGAUGGGAUGUAAGAUGCACCGAUAUUUCGCGUAAACAAGAUCCAAAAUGGAGUUGAAUGUCUUCGACGACUGCUGGGAGCUGGUGCAACGCUUCCAGCGAUUGGUCAACGAUGGAGAAACCUGCGAAUUUGAGGUGUUCUGCAAGUGCUGGCGAGAAAUGCAGCUGCAGCACCUCUUCACUGCCCAGACGAACCACACAGAGGUGAUAGCCACCACUCUGGCGGCCCUGCAUGUGGCCAAGCGGCUGUCGUGCUCCCGACGUACCACCGGAGACGUUUUCCCGGCAUCCCGGGCGCAAAGGAUUGGAGGAUUCUAUCUGCUCUACGUGAUCUACUACAAGCAGCCCACCCACACCUUUGUUAAGAUCGAGGUCUCUCCCCGCACUUGGCAGGAACUAACAGAUUACGCUCUUGAUCUGCGAAAGGAUAAUCCGGAGCGGAAGGACACCCAACAAGUUGCCUACAUGUUGUGGCGCCUGGUCCAGGAGCAGGCCUUCCGCUUCACAGCGCUCGACUAUUGCCAGGGGCUUGACAAUCUGGUGGACUACGACCGUGUGGAGAUCAUAGCGGGGGCCAGGGAACAGAGACAGAGUGCCGUAAUGCAGAAGCAACAGCGACAGAAUAACGUCAGUUUGUCAUAUGAACUGGAGGGUCUGCGAGCACUGGACCAGGCAAGUCAGCCAUUGUGUGAACUGGAAUCAGCAUACAAUAAUCAAAAGAAGCAGUUGGCAACUGAUCAUGAGCAUGCUCUGCCGCCCACUCAUAUAUUUGGCCAUCUGCGAGACGUAUUUGCCGAUAUCCAAAGAGUUCUGGGUGCUAAAAAGAAUACUCCAGACGAGGAAUGCCCCACAGCAUCUACCAGCAACCAGUUGGAAGUGCGACAAAGGGUACGAAACAAGGCGAUGUACGGCAUCGAGGAAAAGGAACCAUCACACCAGGCAGAGGAACUAGAAGUGGAGCUGGAGGUCAACGAGUCUUAUCAACGGAGGAUGUCCUCAGCCACCGUAUUCCAGAAGGCAUUGCCAGAUGAGCUGCAGCAAGAGUAUGAGAUCUUUGACUUCAGUGACGACGAGGAAAAGGAAGUGGGGGAAAUUAAGGUCACAGAUGAAGAAUUCAGAGAACUAUUGGGUACUUAGUUAGUUUAUAAAACUGUUAGAUAAAUAAAUAAUUCUAUGACUUCA